AUGAUGUUGAGACUUGAGAGGCAAGACGAGAGGAAUGAAGCUGAAGAUGGAGGUCCUCUAGUGCUAGGAUCAAGCAGCUCAAUGAAAAUUCGUGAUCGCUGGUUCCUUCAAUCAUGGAGGAUAAUAUUUGGAGUGUCGUGUGUGAUUGCAGUAGCAUUGGAUCCUUUGUUCUUUUACGUUCCUGUGAUCAAUGAAGAUAAGAAGUGCAUUGGGAUAGACAAAAAGUUGAGAGCCAUAUCUCUUAUUUUGCGCUCUGUUACCGAUAUCAUUGGCAUUAUAAAUAUUAUUUUGCAAUUUCAUGAUGAGUAUACCCAUGUAGACGAGACCUCGGGAAAGGUAGUUAAAGAUUUUCGGAAAAAAGCGAAGACUUAUCUGUGGCCAUACUUCGUAAUUGACAUUCUCGUUAUUCUUCCCUUCCCGCAAGUGAUAAUUUUAAUUAUUUUUCGACAACUGGAAGGCUCAAAAUCUUUGAAUAAAAGAAAGUUGUUGACUUUCUUUGUUCUCUUCCAAUAUGUGCCAAGAGUUAUUCAAAUCUUCCAAUCCUGGAAAGAUCCUAAGAAGAGAGUCGACAAAUCAUCUGAAACCCCCAAACGAGUUAAAGCGGCAUUCAAUUUCUUUCUCUACAUCAUUUCCAGUCAUGUAUUGGGAGCCUUUUGGUAUUUUCUUUCUAUUGAAAGGGAGACUGCUUGCUGGCACAGAGCCUGUGAAAUUCAUACAGGAUGUAUCGAAAGUUCUUUCAAAUGUGAUGACAGGCUUCACAGUUUAGGAAAUUACACAUUUCUAAAUGACGUUUGCCCAAUAAAUCCACCAGAUAAAACGCGCUUUGAUUUUGGAAUAUUUCUUGGAGCCCUUCAGUCUGGUGUAGUGCAGUCCAAAAAUUUCUCAGAAAAAUUCUUUCACUGUUUCUGGUGGGGCUUACAAAAUCUAAGUUCUCUUGGUCAAAACCUCGAAACAAGUAACUAUGUCUGGGAAAAAUGCUUUGCAGUUCUCAUUUCUCUCUUUGGCUUGUUAUUGUUUACAUAUUUCAUUGGAAAUUUGCAGCUAUACAUGCAGCUGGACUCUUCAAAAUCGGAGGAAGCAAAAAAGAAGAGGGAGGAGAAGGAGGAAAGAAUGGAGAUGGAGAUGAAGGAGAAAAAACGAACAAUAGAAAUAUGGAUGUUCAAAUACAGGCUUCCUGGAGAAAUGAAAAGACAGAUUAUGCAGAACGCAAUGCAGAUUUUGAAAAAAAACAAAAGCCUUGUUCAUGUGGAGAACCUGUUACGUCAGCUCCCUGAAGGACUAAGCAAUUCUGUAAAACGCCACAUCUACUUAGAUCUACUAAAAAAAGUGCCGGCGCUUCAAAAUAUGGAUGAGCAACUGUUGCUAAAGAUAUGCGACUCUCUCAGGCCAGUCUACUACAAUGAGCAGAGCUACAUUGUUCGGGAGAGAGACCCAGUUGAUGCGACGAUCUUCAUCACUGAUGGUGUUGCAUGGAGCUAUUCAACUAGUAAUAAUGGUGAAGCAAUCAGUGGCUCCUCUUCACUCGCUGAGCGUCUUGAAAAAGGUGACUUCUUCGGUGGAGAACUUAUUGAAUUCGUGUUGAAAAACCCAUCCUUGCCCAAACUCGCCAUUUCUCCAAGAACCGUCAAAACCCAUGGACCAAUUGAAGGCUUUGCUCUAAUGGCCGAGGACUUGAAGAAUAUUGUCACUAAGAACUGGAAGUGUGUUGGCAAAGGGCAGUUGGAACCCUUCGCAGCUCAUGUGGUGCAAGCAGCUUGGCGCAGGCAUCAUGAAAAGUCCUCACAGGGCGGCAGAUAAUUGCUCGUGCGAGAUUUCCAUUUAUCAUGCAUGUUGUGUAAGGAAUUCUCACCCGGGUCUUUCAGAGAUUGUAAUUGACUAGCUAGUUGUUUAGAGUAUUGAAUGAAGGCUAGAGUAGGAAAAAUAAAAAUCUUCUAAUUUAAGCAGGUGUUGAUGUA